UUCAAAACAAAAUCACGGACGGAAGUUGGAAACCAUAUCAAACACUGAAAUAUUUACAGAUGUGAUGCCUAGUGAUGGUACUCAGCAAUUUCUCCGAUAAUCCUCAAAAUUUUAACGGGUUAACAUUCUACUUAGGGCUAUCCUGAUGACAUCACAAUGCCUCGUACACGCUCCUCCAAGAAACCGGGAUGCUUCAAUCAAGUGAAACCCACGUUGAUGUUUACAGAAAGCCCUGCAGAAAAGCUACCCAGACGUCUUUGUAGUCCCACCAAUGCAGCUGAUAACCCUAUCACAGCUCAGGUGCUUUACUUGGAAGAUGGCCUAGAAACCACAUGGGUAUCUCCUCAAUUUCAUCCUGCCAUGCUUGACAUGGAGGAAGCCCCAAAAGGGAGGAGGAGAAAAAAACAAAAUGGAGACAUCACUGGGAAAUCGGCCAUGGAGACCCAGCACACCAAACGGAAACGGAGACCGGUCCGGAAGUCAUCAUCGACCACGCCCAUCCCUAGUGAGAAGAGGUUCCCCAAGGGAUUCCAGCCCCUCCAUUUUCUUGGCGACGCAUCUAGGAAUGGAAGGGAUGGAGAUCAAUCAUGGAGGAGGAUGGUGGUGGAGGAUGAGGACGAUGAUGUAAGAAUCGAUGAUGGAGAUGAUGAUGAUGGUGUUUGGUUGGAGGAUAGCACAGUAUUUAGGAAGGAACAAAGGACGACUAGAAGGGGUUCAUCAACUAAGAGUAUGUUACAAAGAUUUGAGGAUGAGGAGGAGAUGGAAACAGGAGUACAUGAUUAUUCUAAAACUUUACAUGAUGCCUCACACAGACUGCGUGACCAGGGCAGGGUCAAGACUGGCAGGAGCUCUGUCACUAGGUCAAAAACAUCAUCUGUGAGGGGUUGGCAUGACAACAAGCAUCAUUCUUACAGGGAUGGUGAUGUUGAUGAAGGUAACCUUCACCACUCUCGGCUAACAGCUCUGAGAGAGAAACCCUUGACAAGCAAUACCCAUCAGAGACAUCUCACCAGCAAUCAUCCACAUGACCUUUCUGUUUCACCCGAUGAGAAUUUCAGCAGACUUGACGACAUCCGUGACUGGGGCCCUGGCGGAAAGGACACCUAUGGCCAGAGUCCACAGUUUCAUCAGAACAAGAGAAAAGCAAGAGGAGGAGCCGCGAGGAAGAAACUUGAACAGUUUGCUGCAGAAUCGCAUCAAUUCCUAGACACCGAAGACCAAAACCUUUUUGCAGAUCUGAAUCGAACUGGACAAGAUGGAUUAGAAACUAGGGGAAAGGUUCUCGCAGCUGACACACCGGUGUCAGACUAUGGGUUGCGUGUCACUUUGAGACGGAGAAGGCAACUGCUACCGAAACAUUAUACUGAGAGGUUACUCUUGGACUCGUGAUAACUGACACACUAAAACUGAUUAUAAGAAAUGUGUUGAAAUAAUACCACUUUUGUUAUAUUAAAAAUGUUAAGUUAUAUUAAAUUGUAUAAAUUUUGCAAUAUGUUUUCUGCAUACAUGUACAAUUGUACGUACAGAUAUGGUCAGAGCAAGUGAAAUUGAAUUUGCAUUUUCAAUGCAGCUGCACAGCAGUACAUACUGUAUUGACAAUGACGGAUGGCAAAAUACAUUUUGAGAAUCAAUAUCAGCAAGAUACAUCUUUAUUAACAAGUUAGUGCUAGAGCCUAUAUAAUCAGGAAUAUGUUGAUGAAAACUGAUGUGCAAUUUAUUUGCUUAAAAUACACAUGUUAGUUGUGAAAAAAAGAGAGAUAUUGGAAUUAAACUUUUGAAUGUGGUCUCAUAUUAUUUCCUUUUGUAUCUAAUGACAAUACAGAUUUUAUUUGAUACAUCAUUUAUUGUGCAUUAUUAACCAAAUGAGAGGUGGAAUACAAAACUCCAGUGUAGUAGUGUACAUCCUGUUUUAAACCAAUGCACAAUUAUUUUUUUCAGUAGAAUUGAUUUAUGAUCCUCCUUGAGCCUAGGUUCACAACUUCACAGAAUGGCGCCUAAAAUAUUAGUUUGGAGUUCCUUUCUAUUCUGAUUUUUACACAAUAAAGAUCAAAUGUUGUUGUUGUUGUUGACUCGUGGUAUCUUUGAAGCAAAAGUUAUAGAACAGUAUGAGAUCUUGUUCAACAAGUUUGGCUUUAAUUUCCAUUUUGCUACCAGUACAGUAAUUUUUUUUUUCUUUAAAUAAAGUGUAAUAAUAUGCAAAGCACUCUAGAAGGACAUAUUUUAUUACGCAAAAUCGCACAGAAAUGCACUACAUGUAUUACAUGAUACAUGCAUUACUUCAGGACAAACUGCACAGUAUAGUUCUGUAGAUGGACUGCAGUAGUUUUGCAUCGGGGGUUAAUCCUAAGUUGGGAAAGAAUACAUUUUCUUUGGAAGUGAAAAGUUAAACUAAUUGUUUUAGGUAUGUGGUCAAAGGAUUCUCUUAAUCUGAUGGAAAUUAGGGAGAUCUGAUUAUUAGUGACGAUAAAUUUACAUGUGAUUUGUAUUUGUAAAUAUGUCAUAGGACCAUUACAUUGUAUAUGUGUAUGUGUAGCAAAUAAUGCUAUGAUAUUAACUCGUGUAAGUCGGUGACUCAAAGGCAUUUGUGAAUGCAACUAAGUUAUAAGUGUACAUUUGUAUUUCAAAAUGUUACUAUCCAAGAGAAAUUAUAUUCAGAAUAUUUUUGCAACGCGAUGUUAACUGUGGAAAAUUAAAAAUAUAUUAAUGGUCAGUGGACAUGAUGAAA